CACAAAUUAACACUUCACAUCAAGCUUUUUAAUUAAUAAUAUUAACACUGUCCAAAUAACGUGAAAACUUUUUAACAGUAAAGUCGGUGCACAUAAAUUCAAGUAUUUUUUAAAUGAUACAUUACAACUCUGCAGUGUUUACAGUUGAAGUAAAAUUAUGACAACUGUUAAGUUGUUCCAAAGGUAAAGGGUCGUAAGUGUCAGUGCUUUAUUAUUAAUUAUUGAAUGUAUUAUAAAAUCACAUAAAGCCACUGAAAGUUGUGCAUAAAUGGAGCUGUUUGAUGUUAGUUCAAGUUUAGAGCAUUCUAGACCAGACCAGGUUUUGUUUUGAUAGUACAUCAAGUUAGGUUAGUCAAUUUGGGAUUACUACAUCUUCAGUGCAGAUAAGAAUGAAAACAACCUAAUUUUGAGAUAAUUCAUGCCUAACAGUGAGUGACCAUUCGCAGUGAAUUCAGACAUGAUAAGAAUCAAAACUGUAUCCCAAGUUAAUGGCUGUGGCUUUGAUAUGGCUAAACACAAAAGGAAAUUUUCUGUCAGUGUAGGUAAGUCAGUUAAAUUAUUAUUUGGUCAUCAGAUUUACAGGUGUUUUUUUUAUUAGCUGAUGGCUGAUACUAUUUCUGCAACACGUGAAUGUAUUUUUUAUUGGGCCUAUUAGGACUUGACCAUCAGUAGAGAUCAUUCAGACCAAAGUAUUACAUCAUUUUAAUGUUUGACGUAUACAAUAUUGAUGUUAGUGUGGCCAUUAAUCAGGAAACCAAAUAUCACAGUAUGGAUCUUGUUUUUAAUAGCUCUCUUUUUAGCCUGUAGAUUUUUUUUCCUUGAUUAAAAUUUUAAGUCAGUACGAAAUUAAUACAUCUUAAGUGCAGAUAAGUAUAAAAACAACUUUUUUUUUUUUUAUUUAGAAAUUUCACAAAUUAAAAUUAGUAAGCAAUUAGUGUUUUCAGACAUGUAGGACAAGAAUCAAAAAUGUCCCCCAAGUUUAAUUAAUGGCACAUACUAUUUCUGCAACAUGUGUGAAAGCAAAUGUUUCUGAAUUAGGACUUAAUCAUCAGUAGAUAUAAUUAAAAUCAAAAUUUCUGAUGCAAAUCCAUCUACAUUUGUGAAGGAAACAUGUUUUAAGUCUAAAAUAACGUUAUUUUCGUUGACUCAAAGAAGCUCGAGAGGAGAGGGAGGAGAAGUAACGGCAGAAGUUUUAGCACUUUUGUCCUAGUAUGCUUGCCUUAGUUUGAUGUUAGCCUGCACUUUGCUCCGUCUUUUACAGACGUUAUUACAUUGUAGACUUAUUAUUUCACUAAAAUUCCUCUCGACUAAAACUCUUCUCGUUCCUCAUCCUUGCGACAUAUCUUAUCUGCCACUUGGUUGGAAGGAAAUGCUAAAUAAGAGCUCCGACACUGAACUGCUCGAAAGCUAACGGCUAACUUAUGACGCUGCUACAGAGCCAGAAAAAAACGGUUCAACGUCAACAAAAUAAACUUCACUGUGAGUGUAACGUUAAGUGAUAAUUCAUUAGCUAUAUGUUCAUGUCGGCUGUCUGUAGUGAGUAAACCGUACUCUUUUAUUGAAUAUUUACAUCAUUAGCACGGUAAGGAGUGUAUGUUUAUGCAGAGCUCGCCUUAAAUGCCCUUUAACCAGACAUAGCAUCUCUGACGAGGCUAUGGGUCUGUCGACUAAUGUAGCUGUAGCCGUGCUCCUCCUCAACCUAACAUGUUUGUGCUUGUCUAACCAUGUCCCCAGACUGGUUAGAUCAGUCAGUACCAUGCAAAGUAAAACCAAAGCACAUGAAAGACUUGUUAAUAAUAAUCCAGUAACACUACAGAACAAUGUUGUGCACCCAGAAAGCUCCACAGACACUGACAUUUCCAGAGACAGUAAAUGCACCAUGGCUCCAGAGAGUAGGUUUGACUGUGCCAGGGACAGGGUGCUCAGCCAGGCAGAGUGUGAGGAGAGGGGAUGCUGCUAUGUCCCACUGCCUAACUCUGCAGGACCACCUACGUGCUUCUACCCCACUUUGUACCCUGGCUACGAAAUGGGGCCCCUCACUCCCACCAGGCGAGGCCAGGAGGCUACCCUGACUCGUGCAACCCCAUCAUAUCUCCCCAGAGAUAUCUCCACUCUGCACCUAGAAAUCAUAGAAGAGACUGCAGGCUGCCUACACAUCACUUUAAAGGACCCAUCGUCUCAGCGAUAUGAGGUGAAACUCCCAGCUGGUGUUCCUGAGAGCAAAGCUGACCCCCAAGAAGCCCUCUACACCACUGAAUACCAUUCUGACCCAUUUGGCCUCAUAGUGCGGCGAAAAUCUAAUGGAAGGGUGAUUGUGAAUACCACGGUAGCUCCGCUGCUGUUUGCUGACCAGUACCUGCAGCUGUCGACCGCACUGGCCUCUCCCCUUGUGUCUGGCCUCGGGGAGCAUUACACCUCCCUCCUCCUGGACCUUAACUGGACUUCUCUGACACUGUGGAACAGAGACACGGCGCCUCAUGCUGAUGCUAACCUCUACGGCUCCCACCCAUUCUACAUAGUACAGGAGGACGACGGCUUGGCACAUGGAGUUUUCCUUCUCAACAGCAAUGCAAUCGAGGUGACGUUGCAGCCGACCCCUGCUCUCACCUGGGUGGCGAUCGGUGGAGUCCUGGACCUAUACGUUUUCUUGGGUCCUGACCCUCAAAGCGUAAUACGACAGUACCUCCAGGUCAUUGGGUAUCCUAUGAUGCCUCCCUAUUGGUCGUUGGGCUUUCAUCUGUGUCGCUGGGGUUACACGACCACUAAGACAACCCGGCGUGUGGCACAGCGCAUGCACGAUGCAGAAUUCCCCAUGGAUGUGCAGUGGAAUGAUCUGGACUAUGCAAAUAAGCGCAGGGUGUUCACCUUUGACCCCUGGCGAUUCGGGGACCUCCCAGAGAUGGUGGAGGAAUUCCAUAAGGGAGGCAUGAAGUACAUCCUUAUCCUGGACCCGGGGAUCAGCAGCACCAGCCCUCCUGGAACUUACUCGCCUUUUGAUGAUGGACUGAAACGAGACGUCUUUAUUAAAAAUGCCACAGGACACGUACUGAUAGGGAAGGUUUGGCCGGGCCCAACAGCCUUCCCUGACUUCACCAACCCAGAGACCAGACGCUGGUGGGAGGACUGCAUCAGAGAUUUUCAUUCUAAAGUUCCUGUGGACGGUCUGUGGAUUGAUAUGAAUGAACCAGCCAGUUUUGUGCAGGGCUCAGUGGAGGGCUGUCCUGACAAUGAUCUUGAGCACCCGCCCUACACGCCCAGGGUGGUUGGAGGCCAGUUGAACUCGGGAACUCUUUGCAUGUCGGCUCAGCAGAAGCUGUCCACUCACUACAACCUGCACAAUAUGUACGGACUGACAGAAGCCUAUGCUACGCACAGUGCUCUUGUGAAAGUACGAGAGAAGAGACCCUUCGUCCUGUCUCGCUCCUCUUUCCCUGGCAUCGGACGCUUCUCUGGAGUGUGGACAGGAGACGUCAGGAGCGACUGGGAGCAGCUUCGAUUCUCCAUCCCAGCGGUGCUGCAGUUCAACCUGUUCGGGGUGCCCCUGGUGGGGGCAGACAUCUGUGGCUUUGAAGGAAACACCACUGAGGAACUGUGUGUGCGCUGGAUGCAACUCGGGGCCUUCUACCCAUUCAUGAGAAACCACAAUGACAACCUGAACACUCCUCAGGAGCCCUAUGUAUUUGGACGGAAGGCCCAGGCAGCCAUGCGGAGUGCACUGAACCUUCGUUACUCCCUCCUCCCGUUCCUCUACACACUCUUUCAUCAUGCACACACGUCUGCUGACACUGUGGCCAGACCUCUCUUCAUGGAGUUUCCUGCUGACCCUAACUGUCAGACCAUAGACCGUCAGUUCCUGUGGGGGAGUUCACUCCUCAUUAGCCCAGUGUUAGAGCAAGGGGCAGUAGAGCUGGCCGCUUACCUGCCCCCUGGCACUUGGUACAGCCUGCACAAUGGUCAGCCUUUCUACAGUAAGGGUCAGUAUCUGCUCCUGCCCGCCCCUCUGGACACCAUCAACAUCCACGUAAGGGAAGGACACAUUAUCCCCCAGCAGGAACCUGCUUUGACAACCGCAGCCUCACGCAAGAACCCUUUCUUCUUGACGGUGGCUCUGUCAGCGGGCGGCUGGGCCUGGGGCGACUUGUUCUGGGAUGACGGGGACAGUCUGGACACCUUUGAAAUGGGAAAUUAUUGUUACAUUAUCUUCAUUGCUGGACAGUCUCAGGUGGUGAGUGAUCCCUUCAGACUGAACGGGGCCCUGGAUGGUCUGGUGCUGGGGGGGCUGCAGGUGUUUGGGGUGCCCUCACCACCCUUGUAUGUGUUAGCCAAUGGGGACAAAGUCAGGGAUUUUACAUACCGCAGUGACACCAAGGUUUUGACAGUGACCAGCCUGGCCUUGCCCAUGUCAGAAGUGUUCACAGUCCAGUGGGCUCUCUGAUGCACUGAACUUCAUUACCCAAGAAUCAUAGCAAGCCUUUGCAUUUUUUUCACUGCUGCUAAAAAGAUCAGAUGCAUUUUUCUGCACUGACACCGGCUGAUUUCCCUCAGCAGUCCCAGCCACCCAUAGCCCAAAGACGCUCCUUCUGCUUGCUCUGCCUUUUUGUCCAAACUGGGAAGUAGAAGUUUGUACGCAGGUUUUUGAAAAUGUGAAUCAGGUUUUCUUCAGGUAACAUUUGCUGCUAAAUGCCAGACUAAAGAAAAACAAUGUAAUGUGUGUAUUUUUUUAAAUAAUGUUUGUAUAUGUUAAUAAAUAAAGAGUGAAUAAAAAACA